AUGGGCACUAACGGCAAAACCAACACCCAGAAAAGCAACGGUUUUGGAGUGUGCGGUGUACCCGAAAAAUUGUUAGAGGGUUUAAAUAAGAAAGGUACUAAACAAUUGACAGUAAUCAGCAAUAAUGCUUGUAUUGACAGUUAUGGUUUAGGUCCUUUGGUCAAAAACAAACAAAUUCAGAAAUUGAUCGCUUCAUAUGUGGGUGAAAACGAGGAAUUUAUUCGACAAUAUUUAAAUGGGGAGGUGGAACUAGAGUUCACACCUGAGGGUACACUAGCUGAACGUAUACGUGCUGCUGGUGCAGGUAUACCAGCGUUUUUCACUCCCAGCGGCUUCGGCACAUUAAUACAUGAAGGUGGAUCUCCGAUCAAAUUCAAAAGCGAUGGGCAAGUCGAAAUCGCUAGUUCUGCUAAAGAGACACGAGUUUUCAACGGUAUCAAUUGCGUGCUUGAAGAAGCAAUAUCGGCCGAUUUCGCUCUAGUGAAAGCAUGGAAAGCCGAUGUAAAUGGUAAUCUUGUAUUUAGAUAUAGCGCUGCAAAUUUCAACGUGCCAAUGUGUAAGGCAGCCAAGGUGACUAUAGUAGAAGCGGAACAAAUCGUUGAUGCGGGUUCAAUUCCACCAAAUGAAAUUCAUGUACCGUCAAUUUAUUGCGAUCGUUUAGUCAAAGGUGAGCAAUACAAAAAGCCAAUCGAACGUUUGGUCUACAAGAAAGAGAAGCGACCAACUGAAAUGAAUACACCGGCUGCGAAAUCGAGAAGUAUCAUCGCUCGAAGAGCAGCACUUGAAUUUAAGGACGGCAUGUACGUAAACCUUAGUUUUGGCAUCCCUACUUUGUGUCUCAAUUUCCUUCCAAAAGCUGUGAAUGUGUGUGUGCAGAGCGAGAACGGCCUUAUCGGAGUGGGCGAUUAUCCGAAUGAAGAUGAGGUGGAUGCAGAUCUGAUAAAUGCGAUUAAAGAGACGGUAACAUUGAAAAAAGGUGCAAGUUUUGUUUCAAGCGAUGAAGCAUUCGCGAUGAUCCGGGGUGGUCAUAUUGAUAUGAUGCUCGUAGACGCCUUUCAAAUAUCGCAGUACGGUGAUAUCGCUAAUUGGAUUGUUCCGGGGAAGAACAUGAAAGGAAUGGGUGGAUUGAUGGAUUUGGUAAGCGCUCCUGGCUCAAGAGUGGUGGCUACCAUGGAACAUACUCGCAAGGGGAAGCCGAAAAUUGUUGAUAAAUGCACACUUCCUCUUACGGGUAUACGUUGCGUAUCGAGAAUAAUUACUGAUAUGGCAGUAUUCGACGUCGAUCCAAAUGAGGGUUUAACAUUAAUUGAAGUACGCGAAGAUCUUUCUGUAGAGGAUGUGAUUGAGAACACUGGAUGUGCCUUUAAGGUUUCAUCAAAGCUUCAACCGAUGCAACAACCAUAA